AUGGCCGCUCCCUUCCAUGAAGACCCCGAGAAGGCCAACAGCCAAGUCCAACCACCUUGCGAGGAUGCGGCAGGAGACUUGACGCUGGAUGCAAUCGAGAUGGUUGAUUGGGAUGGCGAGGCCGACCCCGCGAAUCCUCGCAAUUGGCCGGCACGGCGGAGGUGGGGGAAUGUCUGUCUGAUCUCAAUGAUCACCAUCAUAACACCGCUCGCAUCAUCCAUGUUCGCACCGGCCGUUCCCGACAUGAUGAAGGAGUUCCGCGACGACAGCUCCGCCAUGGCCUCCCUCGUUGUCUCGGUCUACGUCGUCGGCUUCGCUCUGGGCCCGCUCGUGUUCGCACCCCUCUCGGAAAUCUACGGCCGGCUAUACGUGUAUCAUGUUUGCAACGUCCUUUUCCUCGUCUUCACGGCGGGGUGCGCCCUGAGCACGCAGACGGGCAUGUUUGUCGCUUUCCGCCUGCUCGCCGGGUGCGUGGGAGCCACCCCGAUGGUUCUCGGGGGCGGCUCCAUCGCCGACAUCAUCCCCCCGAGCGGCGAGGGACGGCCAUGA